GCGAGCGCCGCCGCCGGAGAAGACCGACGCUCGGCCAGCGCCAGCCCGCGGCGCCCGGGCCUGGCCGGCUGCUUCCCGCCUCUGCCGCUGCCCCCGCCCCCGCUGCUGUAAACACCGUCCAGGCGGGCGCGGCGGAGCGUGAGGUCCUACGGCCUUGCCCGGUCCGGCGCGGCCCGGAUCCGUGGCACGGGAGGACCCUGCAGUGGACCAUGAGUUGGUAAUGCCCACUGAGGACCACUGGGAGCCAUGUCAGACGAAUCCGCCUCAGGGAGCGAUCCAGACCUGGACCCGGACGUGGAGCUGGAGGAUGCGGAAGAGGAGGAGGAGGAGGAGGAGGUGGCAGUGGAGGAGCAUGACAGGGAUGAUGAGGAAGAUCUGCUGGAUGACCCAUCCCUGGAAGGCAUGUGUGGCACUGAACAUGACCAGCUGGGGGAAGAUGGGCAGCAGCCGCAGCGGUGCACUUCAACUACCUCAUCUCAGUCUGAGCCUUCAGAGCAGCUUAAGCACCCGCAAGGGAAGAUCCUAGCCUCUGAGGACCCCAAAAAGAAGAGAGCUCAGAAGCCCUCUCACAUGAGAAGAAACAUACGAAAGCUACUCCGGGAGGAUCAAUUGGAGCCUGUUACCAAAGCAGCUCAGCAGGAAGAGUUGGAAAGAAGGAAGCGCCUGGAGCAGCAGAGGAAAGAUUAUGCGGCCCCAAUUCCUACUGUUCCCCUGGAGUUCCUGCCUGAGGAAAUUGUCUUAAGAGCAAGUGAUGGUCCUCAACUGCCUCCUCGGGUCUUGGCCCAGGAAGUCAUUUGUUUGGACAGUAGCAGUGGCAGUGAGGAUGAGAAAAGCAGUCGAGAUGAGGUGAUUGAACUGAGCUCUGGAGAGGAGGACACUCUGCACAUUGUGGACAGCAGUGAGUCUGUCAGUGAGGAAGAUGAGGAAGAAGAGAAGGGUGGCACCCAUGUGAAUGACGCCUUAAACCAGCAUGAUGCUCUUGGGCGGGUUCUUGUCAACCUGAACCACCCUCCAGAGGAGGAAAAUGUCUUCCUCGCCCCACAGUUGGCACGGGCUGUGAAACCUCAUCAGAUUGGUGGGAUCCGGUUCCUGUAUGAUAACCUCGUGGAGUCCCUGGAGAGGUUUAAGACCAGUAGUGGCUUUGGCUGUAUCCUGGCCCAUAGCAUGGGUCUAGGGAAAACUUUGCAAGUGAUCUCCUUCAUUGAUGUCCUCUUCCGCCACACGCCAGCCAAAACAGUCCUCGCCAUUGUGCCGGUUAAUACUCUUCAGAACUGGUUGGCAGAGUUCAACAUGUGGCUUCCGGCUCCUGAAUCCCUUCCAGCUGACAACAAGCCUGAAGAAGUCCAGCCUCGGUUCUUUAAAGUUCACAUCUUGAAUGAUGAACACAAGACGAUGGCAUCUCGUGCUAAAGUGAUGGCUGAUUGGGUGUCAGAGGGUGGGGUGCUGCUGAUGGGGUACGAAAUGUACAGACUCCUCACUCUGAAGAAAUCCUUUGCCACAGGUAGACCGAAGAAAACCAAGAAACGCUCUCACCCGGUCAUCAUUGAUCUGGAUGAGGAAGAUCGACAGCAGGAGUUUCGUAGAGAGUUUGAGAAGGCCUUAUGCCGCCCUGGUCCUGAUGUGGUGAUCUGUGAUGAGGGACACCGCAUCAAAAACUGCCAGGCCAGCACCUCACAGGCUCUGAAGAACAUACGCUCUCGCCGCAGGGUGGUGCUGACUGGGUACCCCCUGCAGAACAACCUCAUCGAGUACUGGUGCAUGGUGGACUUUGUACGCCCAGACUUCCUUGGCACUCGGCAGGAGUUCAGCAACAUGUUUGAACGCCCUAUCCUGAAUGGGCAGUGUAUCGACAGCACGCCUCAGGACGUACGCCUCAUGCGAUACCGGAGCCAUGUCCUGCACAGCCUGCUGGAGGGUUUUGUGCAGAGGAGAGGCCAUACUGUGCUGAAGAUUCAUCUCCCUGCCAAGGAAGAGAAUGUGAUCCUGGUGCGGCUCUCUAAGAUUCAACGAGAUUUGUAUACACAGUUCAUGGACCGUUUCCGGGACUGUGGUAGCAGUGGCUGGCUGGGGCUGAACCCCCUCAAGGCUUUCUGUGUGUGCUGCAAGAUCUGGAAUCACCCUGAUGUGCUUUAUGAAGCCCUUCAGAAGGAGAACCUGGCCAAUGAGCAGGACCUAGACGUGGAAGAGCUUGGCUCAGCAGGGACCAGUGCCCGCUGUCCACCACAGGGAGCAAAAGCCAAGGGAGAGGAUAGCACCUUGACUUCCUCAAUGGGAGAGGCAACCAAUAGCAAGUUCCUACAGGGGGUUGGCUUCAACCCAUUCCAGGAGCGAGGCAACAACAUCGUCACAUAUGAAUGGGCCAAGGACCUUCUGACUAAUUAUCAGACCGGAGUCUUAGAAAAUUCUCCCAAGAUGGUACUGCUUUUCCACCUGAUUGAGGAAAGUGUGAAGCUUGGGGACAAGAUCCUCGUGUUUAGCCAGAGUCUUUCCACCUUGGCUCUCAUUGAAGAAUUCCUGGGAAAGCGAGAAGUACCCUGUCUACCUGGUACUGAGGGGCAAGGAGCACCAAAGUGGGUUCGAAAUGUCAGCUACUUCCGGCUAGAUGGUAGUACCCCUGCCUUUGAGAGGGAGCGACUCAUUAAUCAGUUCAAUGAUCCCAGCAACCUCACCACCUGGCUGUUCCUUCUCUCCACAAGGGCUGGAUGCUUGGGUGUGAAUCUGAUUGGUGCCAAUCGAGUGGUGGUGUUUGAUGCUUCCUGGAACCCUUGCCAUGAUGCCCAAGCAGUAUGUCGGGUAUACCGUUAUGGCCAGAAAAAGCCCUGUCAUAUCUAUCGUUUGGUGGCUGAUUAUACGCUUGAAAAGAAGAUCUAUGACCGUCAGAUUUCCAAGCAGGGCAUGUCAGAUCGGGUGGUGGAUGAUCUAAAUCCGAUGCUGAACUUCACCCGGAAGGAGGUGGAAAACCUACUGCACUUUGUUGAGAAGGAGCCAGCUCCGCAAGCAUCCUUGAAUGUAAAAGGGAUCAAGGAAUCAGUUCUACAACUUGCUUGUUUGAAGUACCCUCACCUCAUCACCAAGGAGCCUUUUGAGCAUGAGUCAUUGCUCCUCAACCGAAAGGAUCACAAGCUGACCAAGGCUGAGAAAAAAGCAGCAAAGAAAAGUUAUGAGGAAGACAAACGCACAUCAGUUCCCUACACCCGCCCAUCGUAUGCACAGUAUUACCCUGCCAGUGACCAGAGCCUGACCAGCAUUCCUGCCUUCAGUCAGAGGAACUGGCAACCAACACUGAAGGGUGAUGAAAAGCCUGUGGCCAGUGUUCGUCCUGUACAGUCCACCCCCAUCCCUAUGAUGCCGCGGCAUGUCCCACUGGGAGGCACUGUAAGCUCUGCUUCCAGCACAAAUCCAUCCAUGAACUUCCCAAUCAACUACUUGCAGCGGGCAGGAGUCCUUGUGCAGAAGGUGGUCACCACAACAGAUAUUGUUAUUCCUGGACUCAACAGUUCUACAGAUGUUCAGGCUAGAAUUAAUGCUGGUGAGAGCAUCCACAUCAUCCGUGGGACAAAAGGGACGUACAUUCGCACCAGUGAUGGACGGAUCUUUGCUGUCCGGGCAACUGGCAAACCAAAGGCCCCUGAAGAUGGUCGGAUGGCUGCCUCAGGUUCCCAGGGACCUUCUCGUGAGUCCACAAGCAACGGCAGACACAGUGCCUCAUCACCCAAAGUCCCUGACCCUGAGGGGCUGGCCAGGCCCGUCUCUCCCGACAGUCCGGAGAUCAUCAGUGAGCUCCAGCAGUAUGCAGAUGUGGCUGCUGCUCGGGAAUCCCGUCAGAGCUCCCCAAGCACCAAUGCCGCCCUGCCUGGCCCCCCGGCCCAACUCGUGGACAGCAGUGCUGUUCCUGGGACAGCUCUUGGAACUGAGCCACGGCUUGGGGGUCAUUGCCUCAAUAGUUCCCUCUUGGUGACUGGCCAACCUUGUGGUGGCAGGCACCCAGUGCUAGACUUAAGGGGCCACAAGCGAAAGUUGGCCACUCCACCUGCCGCCCAGGAGUCAGCCCGCCGGCGGUCCAGGAAGGGCCAUCUGCCAGCCCCCGUGCAGCCGUAUGAACACGGAGAGUGAUGAUUCAUGGCACUAUUAGUUGAACAUCAGAGUGAGCCCAGGAGAAGAGCCAUGGAAAUCACAAGUUUCCUUCUAGUUGGGUGAAGAGAAGGCCCAGGUAACUCAAGUUCCUGGUUUUCAGAGCCACAUUUGUAUUAGAAAUUUGGGGGGAAAUCAUGAGAGAAAAUGGGCAUUACCAAUCUUUGUCUCUUUCCUCAGUGGUUGUCUCUGAGCAUAUCUCCCUUUCCAGGGUGGGAGGGAAAAACACUGCAGUGUGAGUUAGGGAGUGUGGCUGGAAAAGACAUUUUUCACCAGGGUGGAACUAUGCUUCAGCUGCCUAUCCUGGUGGCCUUUCCUCUUCCUUUCCCACCCUGUUAGAAAGCUCCAUGUUAAUUUAUUUCUUAUGGUUAUGGGCAAUUAUUUAUUUAGACUUUUCAUGAGUCUUUUUUUUUUUUUUUUUUUUUUUUGUGGCAGGGGAAGUUAAGGUUAAAGAAGGUAGGAGAUAGGGACAUUUUAAGAUGUACUAGACCCCAUAGCUGCUGGUAAAAAAAAAUCCUGAGUGGAUGGUGAAUUAACCAGGGAAAGAGAGUUAGGUUUGACCUAAAAAAUGAAUUUAUCUUUUUUUAAAUGGAAAUCAGAGAGUGGUGAUUCAUGGCACUAUUAGUUGAACAUCAGGGUGAGCCCAGGAGAAGAGCCAUGGAAAUCACAAGUUUCCUUCUAGUUGGGUGAAGAGAAGGCCCAAGGGUUAGAUUAAACAACUAUAUUUUGGAGAGAUGUGGCCUCUCAGGAAGAUCAGGGAAUUCUGAGACUGGAUAGUCAGUGGUAGUGAGACACAUUCUACAGAGAUUGAAACUUGGGAUCAUGGAGUUUACUAUUGAGAAGUAAGUGACCCCCAAAUUUGGAGCUAUAUCCUGCUGGAAUGAUCUUAGAAGUCAGCUCUAUGCUGAAUAGUGAAGCUGUGGAUAGGCAGCUGCUGGGUUGAGGUAAUGGACCAUUGAUUUCCUGUUAGGAAAUGUUUCGGCUUCCCCAGCUUAUCAGGUGAUCAUUGUAGGCCUGGUGUCUGCUGCUUCCAUCUUCUUUGAAGGAUCCUGGAGGACUCCUUCCUCUUUAGGAGCCUUAAGUGUGGCUUCUGUCUUAAGAGAACAUGAUUACAUUAGUCAUUCUGGCCUACCCUUCCUAGUUGCCAGUGCAGGGAAGGAGCAUCUAGUCAAACAUAAACACUGGCUGUCUGCUAUUGUCAUAUCCUGUGUCCUAUUGUCCCCAUCUCCUGCCUCCCCUCAAGACUUUGCCAGGCAGUUCUUUAUGAUGAACAAACUUUUCUUGUCUUUAGAGCUUUACCACUUGCUUGUUGCUCCCCAUUGGCUGGGCAGCUGCUGCACCUGCCUCUUCCUAGCCUAGGAGGUAGCUUAACCUCCAGCAGCUCUACUGACAAGCCCAUUCCAUUAUUGGAGGGCUUAGCAGACAUUGGGAUUUGUUCCCAGAGGAGAGAUGGGGAGAUGACUGAUGGUGUGUGUGUGUGUGUGUGUGUGUGUGUGUGUGUAUGUGCGUGCGAGCACCUGUGUGUGUGCGCGCAUGCACCUGUGUGUGUGCGCACGUGCAUGUUUGUGCGCUAUCCAAUAACACCAAAAGUGGAACUUGAGGCGCUUUCUGUUUUCAUAAACACCCUGUCAGACAUUUAACUCUUCUAUUCAUAGAAGCCUUAGAUCUACGAUUUAGCUAUGCAAAUUAUUUUUAAGAUUUUUAAAAUAGCAGUUCCAACCAGUGCUUUCUCUCUCUGAUGCAUCCCAAGAAUGGAUGGUAAAGGGAUUCACUUGGAGUGGGCUCUCAGGUUGAUGCUGGUGCAGUAAGAUGAGCUAGUCAGAACACACUCAGAACUUGGAUUACACUAAUGUCUCUCAGUCCUGGAGCACUGGGAUCCUAGAGGCUGUCUGUGUAUGCGUGUGUAUGUAUGUAUGUGUGUGUAUGUAUUCAGGGGAAAGAAGAAUAUUUCUGUGUUCACUUACAGGAAGUCACUGCAGCUGUCUCUGAGAAUCCAGAAACCAUUUCAGCAGGAAACAGAAACCAUUUACUAGAGGAACAAGCGUUUGAAGUUGCCAGGAUGCAAAUGGGUGUCUGAGAGGCAACAUGUGUCCGUUCCCUACCCUCUGGUUCCAGGGCUGAGGUCUUGCUUCAGCUCUGCAAAGGCCAUAAUUCUGGGAAGCUGACCUGGCUAGGGAAGGCUCUUAAUCUGAUAAUGUAUGUUUCUAUUAUGUAGAGGGUGGCAGUGAGAUCAUGAGAAACUGAAUUGCAACUAGUUCCAUAGAUUUUGUUGCUUCUUGUUUUUAAUGAACCUGAAAACACAUCUCUUGAUUUUUCUUGUCUCUUUAUGUGGGUUGUUGGGCAAAUGUGCAUGCACACCAAACAUGAGCAUGUAUAUAAGGGAAGCAGGAAAUGUCUUAGAGCUAAAGAACCAUAUUUUACAGUUUCUUUGAUCAGAAACAUUUAGUGAUGGCUUCCACCCACCAUCUAGGCUUAAAUCAGGAAGGCUGGUGAUCCAGAGGGAAGGUAGAAGAUCAAGCUUAGGCAUCUUCCCUCAUGAUUGUCUUCCAAUGUUUUCAAGGGUUUCUCAAGUCUCAUCCAUCUUGUGUAGCCUAACUACUUUUCCUGGGGAAAACAGUACUAAAUGAUUCAAGAUUGCCAUUUGUACUGAUGCUUUAUUUCCUUUCUUAAUAUCUUUGUGGACAAAGACUGUUAGCAGGGAUAGAGUAGCUAUUUAAGAAAGGAAGUAAGUGAACCAUGUUGGGUCAGACCUUUUUCUUUAGUUUGGAUCUGUGAAGUCCUCACCCCUUUGAGUUGUGCUGCUUAGGUCUCUAUAUUAUCAUCUCCUAAUUUAAGGAUAAUUCUGGUCCUUGGAACUCUCUUCCAUAGGAAUUAAUGUGUAGAUUCUUUAUAUACUUGUGAUCCACAACUAAAUAUGAAAUUUCCCACUCUAGGAGCAUGAAGCAAAGAGCCAGGGUAAGUUUUGCUGAUUGGUUGAAACACAACCAACUUUCACAAGCAAGCUGUCUGAAGAGCAAGGCUUUCUGCAUCAGUAUGUUUAAGCCUGGCAUUCCUUGCUCUGGAACUGAGUCCUCAUCAUUUGGUGAAGGUCUUCUAUGGACUUUACAUACCUUGUUUCCAGUGUUCCUGGAUAUGACUGCCUACUUCCCACUUCCCUUUCUCAGAUGACCAGUCUCUCCCUUUGAACUGUGGCUUUCUGUGCACUCAGCCAAGUGGUUCUUCCUCCGUGAAAACUCCUUUGAGAAGUCAUCCUUUCUCCAAAGGACCCCCCCAGAAGACUUUCUGGCCCUUUGCUGACUAGUCCCAGGAAAUCAGCACCUCAAGGCCUAUCUGAGAAUGCUGCGCUCUCCGUUGCUCCCCUUUAGAAUCAGUUCCCCUUCUUUCUGCCUUUUUCUCUUCUGCUCUGUGUAUUCUGCUGUGGCCCCUCAAUGUCUGUUCUAUGUCACUAGCUUGGCCCUAGGCCUUUUAUGAAUACCCAAGUCUUACAACGAUGAACUUCCUGAGCAGGCAAGUGUCCACCUUCUUUACUUUUCAGGUACCUGAGUCUGUUCCUUUCCCCUCUCACGAGUCUGUUUGUUGUAGUCAUCAUCUAGGGCAGUGAGAAGAGGUAGCCAGGCAGGCUGCAGAAUCUGCAAUGCAGAGGGCUAGGGAAGGUUUGGGUUCUCUGCUACUACUGGGAUGAUAUUCAUAUGAGAGGGGACCUCAUACUGUGACCUGACCCAGGACCCUCCCUGGAAGAAAGCUUAGCCCAGCUAUGUUUGAGUGAGUGAGUGUGAUAGUGUGUGUGCACAUGUGUGCUCAUGUGCACCUGGGUGUAAAAUGACUGUUAUCUGGUUGUGUUACUCAGGGUGGGCUGGGGACUCACCAGAAGAAUUCCCCAGGCCUGCCCAAGACAGGUUUUUUUUCCUUGUACCCUCUUCAGAGGGAUCAUGGGAAAAGGGUCCAGUCCAGGUGGGUUGAGGGGGUCACAAAGGAUAACCACUAAGGCCACACUGCUGCCAGGGGGAAAGGGUGGGGUGGGGUGGGGUCGAUGAGGUGGCCCCAGGGCCCUGGCACCUGGCUUUGGUUUUCCGUCUUCUUUCCUCAGGACGCCCCUGAGGCCUGGGACCUGCGCCUGGCUUAGAGAAGCAUCUGUGGCUGGGUGAUCCAGCUGCUGGUGUGAUCAUGGGCUUCCCUCCUCUCUCAGCAGGGCAGGCGCUUCUGCCCCAGAGACUGGGCAACUGGCUGUUUCUAUGACGUAUUUAUUUUUACUUGUGUUUCAUGUCACUUUUUUAAAAAAAAAAAAACAAAAACAGAACAAUUGUAAGUCAGUAUAACUGCCUAUCAGUUUUCUUUAUUUCUCUUUUUGUAAAAUAAAAUUUAA